AUGCGAGUUUCUGUGGUGAACCUGCAGGGAGAAGAGGUGCUCGCGUUGGAAUGUGCUGGUGUUGGAGAUAUCCGCCAAGCCGUUGCAAAGAAGUUGGCGGUCCCUGCUGGCACUGUGAAACUCUACCAUGCUGGCCGCGAACUGGAGGAGCUCGAGGGUGCGGAGGAGGCGCACAUGGGAGAUUUGGACCUCUCAUUGGUGCUGCAAGUUCCGGACGGGUUCCUGACCUGCUCAGAUGACGGCACAGCAAAGAUAUGGCACACACAGACGGGCGAAUGCCUGCGCACCUUCAGCGGCCACCAGGCAGGAGUUUCCUGCGCCGUCUUUUCGCCAGACAAGGCAUUCAUUCUCACAGCGAGCGCCGAUCACACGGCAAAGUUCUGGAGCAUAGCACAAGGGUGCUGUGUUCAAGACUUUACAGGGCAUGAAGGCGCUGUGAAUUCUGCAGUUUUCUGCAAGGAAGGCUCGAAGUGUUUCACUUGCUCUGCAGAUGGUGCUGCGAAGAUGUGGGACGUUGAGACAGGUCAGUGCCUGCAGAGUUUCGUCUGCGGAGACAAUGUGACGUCCGUGGCAUUGUCGGACGAUGAGACGCUGAUGAUGACCACAUGUGAGAGUGGACACCUGCUACUCUGGGAUGUCAAGGCUGGCUCCUGGCAAACACUUGCCGAGUUGGACAGAGAUGAACUCCUCUCAGCUUGUUUCGUGGGCGAGCGGAAGAUGUUCAUGAGAGCAAGCGGGUAUGACCCUUUGGCGCAGCUCUGGGAUGCUGCAAUCUUUCCCAAGGGCCGCAUUGUCUUUGGCCAUGACGAAUUUGUGUCGUUCGGUGAGCUCUUUCAUGAGCGGUUUGCACUGACAAUUGGCCGGAGCCGCUCUACGGCUGCAAAGCUUUGGAGCGCUGAGACUGAAGCCUUGGUACAGACGUUCGCAGUUCCAGGUGCUGCUAUGACCUCAGCUUCCUUGUCACACGAUGGCGCCUGCGUACUCACCGCAUCAACAGAUGCCCGCGCACGCCUUUGGGAUGUGGCCACCGGUAAGUGCUUGCUCCUUUUGGAGGGCCAUGCAGGAACUCUCAGGUCCGCCCGCUUUCCCCACCCAUGA